GUCUUUAAAGUUCCAAUUUCAGUCAGAGUUGUUUAGAUUGACUAACAUCCUCUUAUUUUAACAAAAUGGCUGAAUCUGUGUGGAAUACAGUUUGAUGUACAGAAUUUAAAAAAUAGUUGGCCCAUAGUACAAUUCAAAGGCUAGUAGUUCCCCCCUUCCAUAGUUCGAGUCCAUCUUCAAAUAUUACUGUAGUGUGACACAGGUAUACUGAAGGCAGACUACAGGUAAUACAGUGGUGUGUUGACACUGUAUCAGGGGAAAAUAUUAUUGACACCAAAUGUCAUUUUUCCAGUUCUAUGAAUGGUAUACAAAACAAAACAGUCUACAGGAAACUGAUAAAAGCUGAUGUGAGCUACAGUUGAUUAAAAUAAAAAUGUACGGGUCAUGUAAACCAUCAAAAAAUUCCAUCAUAACCUAUAAACUGAAGAACCACACAAACCCACACCAGACACACACGCACACGCAUGUAAAAACAAAAUUUUUUGGUGCAUUCAGAGUGCUUUUUCAACAAUUAACGAAUACUUUUAUUUACACUUCUGUCUAGGAUUUCUUAUCCGAACAGACUAUCCGGACUAACUUAAUUCACCGCUCCCUCAGUCGUUAUUUAGGUGUGUACUGUCGGACGUUUCCACAACACAUUUUCGUGUUUAACCUGUUUGAUUAGUUAAUGUCGCAACGGGUAUUCGUUUAGUUUUGAUGGUUGUCUCGCGAACCCUUUAAUAGUCGUAGAAAUGCACCAGAACGAACCUGCCUGAACUUCGCUUACGGAGCGCCACAUUUAAGGGUAUACAACUGAGCGUGACGGCUCUCGUCGCUUUAACAAUUAUGGAGGGGCAGUGGAAUUUCAGGUUCGGGGUAGUUAUCCUAGGUGACUCCGCGGUGGGCAAAUCAUCACUGCUGCGCCGCUACACCGAGGGGACUUUCGAAGACUCAAACCAGUCACCUCUAGGAAUCGAUUUCAAAGUGCAACAUCUGAGCUUCGACCCAGGCGUCACCAUAAAAAUGCUUCUGUGGGACACCGCGGGACAGGAGAGAUUCAGGUCAAUCUCCAAGUCCUACAUGCGGAACUCGGUGGGCUGCAUCCUGCUGUUCGACCUGACCCAGCGGCAGACCUUCGAGCGGGUGAGGGAGUGGCACCGCGAGGUGGUGGAGUACGUGCAGCCGGCCGUCAUGGUGUUCACGCUGGUGGGCCACAAGAGCGACAUGGUGGUGCGCAGGCAGGUGAGGCGGACGGAGGCGGAGGCGCUGGCCAAAGAGCUGGACAUGGGCACUUACGUGGAGGUGUCCUCCAAGGACGACGUCAACGUCACCCUGGCCUUCGAGACUAUCGCCAGGGAGAUCUACGAGAAGCACCGCAACGGCAUGAUCCCCAUCAUCGAUGACUGGCACGGGCUGGCCAUCGGAGUCCCCGUCGAAAAGGAAACUCCCAAACCUGAGAAAAAAGGUUGCUGCGGGUGACACCCCAUCCUCACCCCAAGCUACAACAGUUUCCACAUUCAGAAGAGAUUUUUCGAUGGAUUUUUUUUUUUUUUAAGUCAGUCGGUAAUAGUCCCCAUUGUCACAGUUACUGCAAUCCAUUUAGACUCAUGGUCCAAGCCCUUUAACUAGUUUGGAAAUCAUUUGCAUUUUGUUAUUCUGGAAAAAGUGUUCAAGUGUGAAAAUGGCAGUUGUCAUAAGUGAACAGCGGCAAGUCAGCUGAUGCUUUUCCCCUUCUGUGUACCAGAGUUGGGGUCAAUGCUGUUCAUUCAGUUCAGGAAAUUAUUUGAAAUUCAAUCAAUUAAUUGAGAAAUUAUUGUGAAAUAUGCGCAUUUUCAAAUUCAUGAACAGAAUUUCAUUUGAUUUGUUGAACUGAAUGAAGUGACAUUUGGAAAUGAUUCAUUUGUGCUAGACGUGUCUCACCAAAACAUCCAUGUUUGAUUUUGUAGCUAAUUUACUUCAUGAAGAGGUCUUACAACAGUUGUGGCUCUAAGUUGAUAUGUUUUACAAUUACCAUGAGGUGUAAUUUAGACACAAAGUAAUCUAUGUGUUAGAAUUUGAUCUUAGCAAGCACUCAUGGCAGUCUAUCCAUAGAACAAAUAUAUAAUGUUGUUACCUUACUGAUACAUACUUUCAAGAGGCACAGUUGUAGAGCCAGUGGUACAAAAAUGUUCUCUAUAACGGAAUAUUACAAAGGAACUAUCCGAAUGACCCCUCCCACUUCAGUCUGAUUUUAUCACAAGCCACCAGUCAAAUGACAGAGUAAGCUAUAUCCUGUUGUUUCAUCCAAUGUAACAUGUUAUUACAUGCUUGCUCCCAAAAGCAAGAUUAGGUUACUGCCAUUUCCACUUUUUACAGAUGCAAGCCCUGUGUUGUUGGGGUAGUACGAUAAUGGGAAACAAAUUGACCAAGACUGACGGUCGGCAUGGCAUUUUACUGUGAAUAACAAGUUCCAUCAUAUAAUAGCUGUUGUCUGAGAGAAAAUGUAGUUAUUUGAACCUCUAAACUACGUGAUGUACCUCACUCACACUGCAGCCUUGUAGUGUCCUUCUCGGCAUGUGUAAUCCAUCAGGGCAUUGAUUACGAUCUGGAUUCCUAUUAACUGCAGAGCUGCACAGACACCAACUUCAAUUCCAGCGAUGUAACAUGGAUAAGCCAUUUCCACAAUCUUGAUUUAUUGUCUUAUUUUACAAGAAAGCUAAACAGAGCUUUUUUUUCCUAUUAAAAGUUAAACAGCCCAUAGCAGCAUUACAAACAAUCACAUAAAACUGUUUUUAUUAUUUUUUAAAACAAAUGUGCUAGGUUUUAUUAGUUAAUCGAUUAUGUUGUUUUAGUCGUGCACAAUUACAUCUCAAAUAGAAUAUACAGAUAUUAACUCUUGACUUUCUAUUUAAAUCAAACCUUUACUUGAAACUUUCAACAGUGAUUUUGAAACUUUCAUCACUGAUUUUUAAACUUUAACCAGUGAUUUUGAAACUUUCACCAGCAGAAUGUUCAGUUUACCUUUGUCUUCGCUCCAUGCCUGUCACAGAUGCCAUUAUAUAUGGUACAAUAACAUCAAUGUGAGCUGGCAGAACACCAGCAGCCUGGAGGGAAAAAGUUAGGAAUAAUUUGGAAAACUAGCUAGAGCUCAGUUCACUAAUGAGAAGCUACUCAACUGUCUGCCUAAUCAGCUCAUGACAGUAAUAAUUAUACUCUUUUCAUUAAAGAAAAAACUAUUUAAGACACAAUGUAUCAUACUGCAAUUCUUUCAAAUAAUGAAACCCCACACACACUUAUAACAAAAUGAUUUUUAAUAUAUUUUGCUUUCAUAUCAGUCACAACAUUAUAAUGUAUUAAAAUGUAAAGAUACAAAAGAGAAAUAAAUUGUUUCUGGGUCGUGUAUACGUUUUUAUAAUCUUGUUUUCCCAAUUAGUUGAAAAUGAUCCUUGGUUAUCAAUAUUAUCCAUAUCAAAACCUUAGACAUUAUAUAUAUUUUUAUUUUACAGUUUGUCGUUCUGUGCAGAACUAAAAAAAUUUAAAAUAAAAAUUUAAAAUCAAUAGUUGAAUAAGCUUGGAAUGAUAACCUUUUACAUUAAAAAAAACAUGUAUGGUCAAAUAAAAAUAACAUGAAACGUAUGAAUGGUCAGAUUAAAAAUAAAAGUUUGUGCUGAAGCUUUUUUUAAGCCUUGAUAUAUUUUUAACAUAAAAAAGAUUCCAUUUAUUUGUUUUUUCCAGCCUGUCACCAUGUGUUUCCUUGUGCAGUACAUUCAUUAGUGUCCAAAGGGAACACAGCCAAAGAUACUCCCAAAGAAGAUAUUAUAAACAGGGCAUUGGAAAACCAAGACCACCAGCUGACAGAAACAGGAAACGGUAAUUAACCUAAAUAAAAACAAGAGUUGCAGCUUCUAAAAGUGCAAAACGUAUCCAGUUUAUUGUAUUGAAAGCACACUAAAAUCAAACAUGCCUGUCUCCCAAACAUUUGAGACAACUUAAUGCAUUAACAAAACAAAACUAUUUUGUAUAUUCAGUAGUUCAACAGUUGGUAAAUGUCCUCCUUUCUAGGGCUUUGAAAGUGUGAUCUUCAAGAAACAGGUCAUCUAAAGAGAUGUUUUGGUGAGCCACUGUAAUAGAUUAUGAAGGGAAUUUUUUAAAGGGACUAUGAUUAAUUGUAUUACAAUGUAGUUUUCAAAAUCACAUUUUCUUUCCAUAAUGCAGAUUGAGAAAUAAUAGUUGUGUCUCACCAUAAUGUGCCUUUCUUUUAUUAGUAAGGCUACACCAUGACUACAACACAACAUUUUAAUAAUGCAUGACAUGUUUGUCUUGACAUAUAGUUAUUUCACUAUAUUGAGACAACUGUUUAAAAAAUAUACAGUUAUCAGUUGUUGAAUGACUACAAUGACACUUAUGGCAUGAGAGCAGUGCCAUUUAACUAGGACCACCAAUAUGCGAGCAGAUAAAUCAAAACAUCAUAGUACACAAAUGAUUAAGCCUAGCCAUUUUUCUCCAACUUUCUUCUAUAAGAUCUAAUUAAAACCAUGAUGUGAACUUGUGCCAACCUCAGUCAAGAAUAUCAAAGAAUGCAGAAUUUCAACCAUCAGUGCUGACAAUGUAAUUUGGUAUUAUUGUAAUGCAACUCCUCAUAAUUGAUGCUCAUAUAGCAUAUCUUAUCAUGGUCUUUGUCUGUUGGUGGGUUUAUGAAUAUUAUUGAUCUGUUUAAGGAGGUGCCCUAUAGUCCUUAUUAAGGUUUUGGGUUGUUUAUAUUAGCCUUCAUCGAAGACAAUCUUGUUACUAAGUAGUUUGUUUUCUGCAUUGGUUGUUUGAAGUGUGUUGUAGUGUGUUAAUACAUGAAGGACACCAAACUGUAUAUAACCUGACCUAUCUGUACUCUAAAAAUAACUUGUAUCCUUAUUCUGAGAAUAAGAACCCACAUUCUAUAUGUAGACUCAUAUAUAUAAUAAAGCACUUGCCAUUUCCUGUGGCUUGACUUCACCUAACUACUUAUGAUGCUUGGUCAGUAAUUACACAUCCUCAUAUUUACUGUAUUUGAUCUUCAGUUUAUUCUCCACUGGUCUGGUAAUUUACAUAAACAAUACUGAAGCAAUAUAAUCAUUUAUUUUUCUCUGCAACUGCAAUUUUUGAUAGCGAACAUCCUUAUCAUAACUAAAAUAAUAGGCCUAAGUGUCAUUUUAUAAACUGACUGUUUAAAA